GUUCCGCAUGCGCGGUAGGGUCGCGUGAGGCGCACGCUGAAGGAGCUCGGCGGCUGGUGUGGGUGUCUCCGGACGGAUUGCUCCGAUUCAAGAGUGCGGCGUGGACCCUCGUGCGGGACUCUCUCACGUAUCUCAGAAUGCCUGGUCUAAGUUGUAGAUUUUAUCAACACAAAUUUCCUGAGGUGGAAGAUGUAGUGAUGGUGAAUGUCAGGUCCAUUGCUGAAAUGGGGGCUUACGUCAGCUUGCUGGAAUACAACAACAUUGAAGGCAUGAUUCUUCUUAGUGAAUUAUCCAGAAGACGUAUCCGUUCUAUAAAUAAACUCAUCCGAAUUGGUAGGAAUGAAUGUGUAGUUGUUAUUAGAGUGGACAAAGAAAAAGGAUAUAUUGAUUUGUCAAAAAGAAGAGUCUCUCCAGAAGAAGCAAUCAAAUGUGAAGACAAAUUCACAAAAUCUAAAACUGUUUAUAGCAUUCUUCGCCAUGUUGCUGAGGUGUUAGAAUACACCAAGGAUGAGCAGCUGGAAAGCCUGUUUCAGAGGACUGCCUGGGUCUUUGAUGACAAGUACAAGAGGCCUGGAUAUGGUGCCUAUGAUGCAUUUAAGCAUGCAGUCUCAGAUCCGUCCAUUUUGGAUAGCUUAGAUUUGAAUGAAGAUGAACGUGAAGUACUCAUUAACAAUAUUAAUAGGCGUUUGACCCCACAGGCUGUCAAAAUUCGAGCAGGUAAGUUCUAAAAUGACUUUGAAAAUAUUUGUAUACAUCCAAAAAAA